AUGUCGACGAAAGAUCAAAACAAGCUCUCCACUACUGAACGACCUAUCAAAGCGGUGCCGUAUCCUCCUGGCAACCGGCUGACGGUCAAGGACCUCUAUGUGGAUGGAAGGCCCAGUGUAGAAACGCUCAAGGCCCAUUUGGUGAAAGAAGGUCGGCUGGAGGAGGAGGCGGCCCUUCGAAUCAUCAAUGAAGGAGCCAGCAUCCUGCGCCAGGAGAAGUGCAUGUUGGAAGUAGAAGCUCCUGUCACAGUGUGUGGAGAUGUGCAUGGACAGUUCUUUGAUCUGAUGAAGCUCUUUGAGGUGGGCGGCUCUCCCAGCACCACUCGCUACCUGUUCCUGGGAGACUAUGUUGAUCGAGGCUACUUCAGUAUUGAGUGUGUGCUGUAUCUUUGGGCCCUGAAGAUCAACCAUCCCAACACGCUGUUCCUCCUCCGAGGGAACCACGAGUGCAGACAUCUCACAGAGUACUUCACCUUUAAACAGGAGUGUAAAAUAAAAUACUCAGAGUUUGUAUAUGAUGCAUGUAUGGAUGCAUUUGACUGCUUACCUCUGGCUGCACUUCUCAACCAGCAGUUCCUUUGUGUGCAUGGAGGUCUGAGUCCUGAAGUCACCUGCUUAAGUGACAUACAAAAGCUGGACCGGUUUAAAGAGCCACCUGCGUAUGGGCCUAUGUGUGACCUGCUCUGGUCUGAUCCCGGAGAAGACUAUGGUUCAGAAAAAACCCAGGAACAUUUUUGCCAUAACAGUGUCAGAGGCUGCUCUUAUUUCUACAGUUACCCUGCAGUAUGUGACUUCCUGAUGAACAAUAAUCUUUUAUCUGUAAUACGAGCACAUGAAGCGCAGGAUGCCGGGUAUCGAAUGUAUAGGAAAAGCCAGACUACAGGCUUCCCCUCUUUAAUUACCAUCUUUUCCGCUCCAAACUACCUGGAUGUAUACAACAAUAAAGCGGCAGUUCUCAAAUAUGAGAACAAUGUCAUGAACAUUAGACAGUUUAACUGUUCGCCUCAUCCUUACUGGCUGCCCAACUUUAUGGAUGUUUUCACCUGGUCUCUGCCCUUUGUUGGGGAAAAAGUGACGGAAAUGCUGGUGAACGUCCUAAAUAUUUGCUCUGAUGAUGAACUCAUGUCAGAAGGAGAUGACACAUGUGAAGGCGGCACUCCUGCUGUGCGAAAAGAGGUGAUCAGAAAUAAGAUCAGGGCAAUUGGGAAAAUGGCCAGAGUCUUCUCUGUCCUCAGAGAGGAGAAUGAGAGCGUGCUGCAGCUCAAAGGGCUGACCCCCACCGGGACGCUGCCCAUGGGAGUGUUGUCCGGAGGGCGACAGACUCUGCAGAGCGCCACCGUAGAGGCAGAGGAAGCACGAGCUAUUCAAGGCUCUAAGCCGCAGCUUAAGAUCCAGAGCUUUGAAGAGGCCAGAGGUCUGGACCGGAUCAACGAGAGGAUGCCUCCGCGACGCGACUCGAAGCAGAACGAGGGUGCUCAAUCUCUUAACAACCUGCCGGCAACUACUGGACUUCCAGACAAAAACGGCACCAACACACAAGCCUAA